AGGAGUUUCCUGUCAUAGAAUCAGACAAAAACCUAGGCAAUCCAUAUAUUUCUCCUAAUCUGUGAAUAACUAAAGAAUAAUGGGACACUUCGCUACUUAUAUUGCACUGAUGCUGGCUUCCUGGGGAGUGCGCCUUCGUCCACGACUCUAUGUACCUUCGGGGUAUUCGGUUCUGCGUCUGCAGAUCUGCAACAUUACCCGGUCCUUUCUGGAGGCCAAUCUAUAUACUGCCUUCACGAUACUGAUACUACAGAUGCCCUCGCCCAUGUUUACAACCCAUAAAGGACGCAACUUCAAGUUCCUCUUCGUACUGCCCUACAUGUUGCAGUACUUCACUUGUUUGUGGAGCACGGCACAAAAUAUCAAGGAUAUGCUGACCGAGCCGGAGUUGCUGACCGUCAAGGAUUAUCUACCAGCUCACCUGAAAAUGAUCGCGAUUCUGGGAUUGCAGCUACUGGGAAUGAUAGAAAUUGGUUUCGUUCUAUUCUACAGCCUGAAAAAGGAACUCCAGCCGGUGGCGAAAUGAAUGAAGAAAAAGCAGAAUGAAGAAGAAGGAGAUCCAACAGUAGCUAUAAGAUGGAAUUAAAGCUUCUGCUGCCUAGCCAACUCCUUUCAGCAAUUAGCAGCGGAUUAUUUGAUUAGCUCGCUAAUUGCCUUGUCCUCAACACCGCACCAAAUAAAUUUUGUGAACACUUACCUCUUA